AGGGCUAACUUAACGGUGAAUUAUUAAGCAAUGCGAGUCAAAAGAGGAAGCUUGAAGAAAUCUAGGCUAUCUGUUAAAAAUAAUAAGAACUCAUCCAGAAAAGUCUUGUCAGAGAAUGGCACCUGCUCUAAGCCAAAGAUGAUUAAAAUCCCACACUCCAAGCUAAAAAGGAAGCAUAUGCCUAGUCAGAAGGUAAACAAGAAUGAGAAAUUAACGAAGUUCAAAGAAGAAAGUACUGAUUAUUCAAGUUGUGAUAUUCUCUCAGAAAGCGAAUUACUAACCUUUGAUACCAGUUUCUCUCAAAAAACCCUUAAAACAGCCUUAAAGAACUCUCUCAAACCCCUCAAGCCUACUUUGAUCCCACAGAGCAUGGACUUUUUCCAAAAGAUUACUGAAUUUGAGCGCUCUGAAGAAUCCAAGCCGCUAAGCGAUUCAACAAUCUGUAAUUCUUAA